AUGACGAACAAGAAAUCGGGGAAGACAUUCAGGCAAGGAGAACGCCGCUCGGCUCGCAACGCAGCCAAAAUUUCUCACGAACCAGGUAAACCUCAACUCUCUGAGAUUGCUGAAGAAUCUGAGAAAAUGGAUACAGGUGAGACGCACAUGAGCAAGGUGGUCGAGAAAGGGAACCACGACGAAGAAGAGAAAUCCGAUUCUGACGUGGCUCCGCUUCAGACUAGUAGGAGAAAAACAAAACCUAGUAAGGAUUCAGCAACUUCAUCGCAACCAACACCUCAUGGCGAGUCCGAAUCACCUAAGGACAGAAACGCUACGGUUCAAUCUGAGAAGAACUUGGGUGAAGACGAAGUGCAACCGGAAAAGGCCCCGAGGGUUGAUGUAACUGAAGAGCCAACACAGAUCGCAUCUGAAAUGAGUAAUCCUGAUGCCGGUACAAAUCACAAAAAGGAUGUGAUUGAAGAAGGUGUAUGUGAAGACACUCAGGAAAAAGAUGGUGCAAGUGAUGAACGGACAAUCACUGAAGCAUUGAAAGGAUUAUCCAAUAACCCAGAGAAGGAGGAUGAAACUGAAACACAAUCUCGUGCCCCAGAGACAUCCCUGCCUCAUCCGGUGAGUUCAGAUGAUUCUGACAGCCCCCUGAUUAUCUUGCAACAGAAAGCGAAGGCCAGAAACAUAACUCGAAAGCGCAAAGGAACUUCAGCACAUGGAAGGACACACUUGAGCAAUGUUCAGAGAGCUCAGAGAAGGAAAACAACUCGGAAGGGACAAGGCACUGAUAACGACGGCCCUUCAGAACCAUUUGCUCCACACAGUGAAACAGGUGUUAAACCACUCUCUGAUAGAUUUCUGUCUGUUGAAACUAAGAAGAGAUUUGACAAGUUCAAAAGCGUAGAUGUCAUUGCUGAACGCAAUGUUAAUGUGAUGGAUUUUCGGAAAAAUCACAUUUGGAAUCUGUUUGAAGAACGGCAACUGACGGGAACUAUGACUUAUGCUUGUGCAUUCAGUAAACUACUUGUCAGAGAGUUUUAUGCAAAUCUCACUCCACGCACUGACAUACCUGGAGAUUUCAUGCAUCACAAGGCCUUUGUGAGAGGUCGAUUUAUUGACUUCUCUCCGACAGUCAUAAAUCGGUUGUUGGGAACAUCCGAUAACGCAUCACAAGGAUUAGAAGAUCUACCUGAAGAUGCUUCACUUGAAGAUUUGGAGAUAGCUCUCACUGGAGAGUAUUUGGCAGAAAGGAAUGGGACGAUUCCCAUAAAUUGUCUCAAGUUUGAAAGUCGGGUUAUGCAUCUGAUUGGAAAGACAAACUGGUUACCGACUCGAAGGUCUGAUGUUAUUCGAAAUGAGUUAGCAUUACUGAUAUUCAAGCUGUUGAGGAAAGAGGACGUCAAUUUUGGCUCCAUAAUCUACAGUCACAUACUGUCCAGAGCUGAGGAUAUGAGAAUGCGAUAUUUGUUGCCCCAUCCCUGUCUCAUCCAGAGUAUUAUUGUCCGCCAAAGUCCAGAGAUCCUUGCUGACUCAGAAAUUACUGAAGUAAUUCAGCGGCCCUUGGUCAUAGAAGCCAGAGUCCAACAAGCUAAAAUAAGUCGAGCACAACUCUGCAGCAAGACGUUCACUGUCCUCAUGAAACAUGACAAGCAGCUACUUCAGGUGGAACAGCUCCAGAGGAAGACCACAAAAAUCAUUGCUCAGAUUCGUGCCCGUCAACACGCUCUUUGGGAGGAGUUUCAGAGGGGAGAAAGUGACGGUGGAGCACCCUCAUCAAGCGUAAAUGACAAAGGCAAAGGAAAAAUGGGUGAGGAUGAAGAUGAUGAAGUAGUAAGUGAGGCUGAAAAGGAGGAGGAAGGAGAAUCAGAAGAAACUGGAGAACAGAGUGAAUGA